UGCUUGCUGACAUGGUGGAAACACAUGUUAGGUGACACUUGCAAACAAUUCUGCGAGCCCUUUAAGAAAGCAGCUUUCAACAUACAAUCAUAUUGUGUCACCACACAGUUCUACAUUGGUGUCUGAAAAGGAAAUGUGUACAGGAGUCUGUGAGUUAGUGAGACAGUAAUACACAGACAGUUAAGGGCAGAGAGGAUCCAUUCAUUAGACGAUUAAAUAUCAAUUAAAGAUCUCUGUUCCUCUGGCUGGUGUCCUGUGACAACUACGCGCUCUGAUUUGACGUUCAUGGCGGUUAACUACACUGACCUCUCUGUGCUCAUGGUCUCUCACAGACCCACCAACCUCACCAACGACACGGAUGUUGAGGAGACGGUGUAUGAGCAUUGCACAGACAUGCACGAAGUACUCAUUUGGUACUUGGGCCUGCAGUUCAUUAACAUGUUCCUGGGCAUCCCGGCCAACAUCAUGGUGCUAUGGCUCAUCCACAAGAGCAAGGCUGACUCCACCUCAGAUAUCUUCAUCUUCCAACUGGCAAUUUUAGAUGUCUUCUUCUGUCUCAUCCCUCCCCUCGAGGUGGCCAACAUCAUCUUCCUCACCAACGCCAACACCUGGUAUGUCAUGCGCUUCUUCUAUGGCUUGAAAGACUUCUCACCACUUCUUCUCUCCUGCAUCUGCCUGGACCGCUACAUGGCUGUGGUCCACCCCCUCACCUUCAAUGAGAUCCAGGACUGCCGCCACAGAGCGUCCCUUUCUAUUGUGGUGUGGCUGAUCAUUCUGGCCUACGCCUGUGUGAAGUGUGUGGGCACCCUCAUCAAAUUAGAGGUCUUCACUGUGAUGAUCCUUGGAGCAUUUGCCUUCAUGGUGUACUGCAACAUUGCAAUUCUCCGGGUGCUCCGGCAGUCGUGGCCCGGCAGAGACGAGGUACACCCUGUGAAGAAGAGGGCCUUCAAGAUGGUCCUCAUCAUCUUGGCCAUCAUUGUGUUCAACUACUUGCCACCUGUUGCACUGUUCCCCUUCAAGCCCUUCUUCUCUGAAAAAGUGUUUACUUGCUACAUUCACUACAUUGCCUUUGGCUUGAUGAACUUCAGCAGCAGCGUUCAGCCCUUGCUCUAUCUGUCAAAGGGAAAGCUGCCAUGGAGCUGCUGCCAGACCAGCACAACCCAAAUCGAAUAGAUACAUGAAUGUUUGCCAUUUUUUUGUGCUCUGAAAGUUGUAAAUUGAAUGUAUUUUUUUUUUUAAAAUUUAGAAGAAUAAUUUUUGUUGUUGCUUGACCAGAUGUUGCUGAUAGAUAAAAAGAUGUAUUAUGCAGUGGUUUACAACCUGGGGUCUGGUUCCCCCUAAAGGUGACUCCAAAGAUUACAUUUCUAGCCAAAUGUGAGGAUGAAAAAAGCAUGUAGAUAGAAUAUGCACAAAAUUAAUCGAUAGCAUUCUGGUAAGAUUGAAAGACUUUUGGGAAGAAACACAUUUUUUAAAGGAUUGUUCACUCUUAUCUAUAGGCUAUGUUGUAUUUGCUUUCCUGGAUGAACUAAAUGUGUAAAA